AUGGCGAACACACAAACAGCCAACCUGGUAUCAUUACCGGCUCACCAACAAUCCGACACGAACCUCACCGGCCACAUCGCUUCUCGGUUCCACAUAAAUCAACCCAUUACUACACUCUCGAGCCAGGCGUACAUCUCGGUCAACACCUACACUUCCGCAGCCAAAGGCCCGAAUGGCGGCAAGGAAGGCAGUGCCCAGGGCGCCGCUGAGGAGCUGGCGCAGAGGAUAUGGACACGACUAGGCAAUCGACAAGAGAACCAAGCGGCGGUCUUCUUGGGUGAGACAGGAUCUGGCAAGUCGACGAUUCGGUCUCUUCUGACCAGUACCCUCCUCGGCUUCACAUCCACUCCACUAUCCAAGAAAUUGAGCUUCGCCUCCUUCGUCUUCGAUACCCUGACCACGACCAAGAGCGUCACCACCCCCACCGCCAGCAAGGCAGGCUUAUUCUUCGAACUCCAGUACGAGACGGGCAAUAGUAUCUACCCCACGCUCAUCGGCUGCAAGAUCCUAGACCACAGGCUGGAAAGGAGCCGAGUAGCAUUUGUGCCAUCCGGCGAGCGGAACUUCCACGUCCUCUACUAUCUUCUCGCCGGCACGUCCGAAAAUGAAAAGGACCAUCUCGGCCUUGAGCAGCACAGUCACCGUGACUCACUCACCGGCGCGAAGAGAUGGCGAUACUUGGGCCACAACUCACAGAUGAAAGUCGGGAUCAAUGAUGCAGAAGGUUUCCAGCACUUCAAGACGGCACUUCGGAAACUCGAGUUCCCACGGGAGGAGAUUGCUAGGAUUUGCGAAGUGUUGGCUUGUAUUCUGCAUAUUGGACAGCUGGAGUUCGUUACGACGCAGGCCACGCAGCCCGCGGCUGAUGAGAGCGGUGGGUAUGGCGCUGAGGGAGGUGGGGACAUGACCGUGGUCAAGAACAAGGAGGUUCUGGAUAUGGUGGCUGCCUUCUUGGGUGUCCCUGCGAAAGAUCUGGAGUUGUCGCUUGGGUAUAGGUCGAAGAUGCUGCAUCGCGAGCGGGUGACUAUUAUGAUGGACCCGAAAGGUGCAAGGGAGAAUGCGGAUGAGCUGGCGAAGACUUUAUACUCGCUACUUCUGUCUUUGAUCAUGGAGAAGAUCAAUCAGCGGACUUGCGCAGUUGAAGAUGCUGUGGCGAACACCGUCUCGAUUGUUGACUUUCCUGGUUUCGCGGCGACGACCUCUACGCACAGCACUCUCGACCAGCUGCUAAACAAUGCAGCCACAGAGAGUCUCUACAACUUCUGCCUGCAGUCCUUCUUUGAGCGGAAAGCGGAUCUGCUUGAGACUGAAGAAGUCCAGGUACCAGCGACUUCCUACUUUGACAACACCGAUGCGGUCAAGGGUCUACUCAAGCCCGGCAAUGGUCUGCUCAGCAUUCUAGACGACCAAAUGCGUCGUGGCAAGACCGAUAUGCAAUUCCUCGAGUCCAUACGUAAACGCUUCGAUGGCAAGAAUCCGGCCAUUGAUGUCGCGAAUUCAAUGGUCACCCUUCCUGGCAACAACUUCGCGACUGAGAACACGCAUGCCACUUUCACGGUCAAGCACUUUGCGGGUGAGGUCGACUAUCCCAUCGACGGUCUGUUGGAGGAGAAUGGUGAAAUCAUCUCUGGUGAUCUGAUGAACCUUAUGAGCGCGAGUGGGAGCGAGUUCGUGCAAGAGCUGUUCAGUCAAGAGGCGCUGCAGAAGGUCACAACCAAGGACAGGACAGCUGUCACACAAGCGAGUGUCGCAAGUAAGCCUAGCCGCAUGCCUAGCAUGGCUCGCAGGAAGACAGGAGGAAGAGGUGGCCGUCUGGCAGCGGCUGGCAGGGAUGACGACAAGAGCAGUGACGAAGGAGGCACCCGCAGCUUUUCGCGCACUCAACGGCAAACGGGCGACCAGCAGCAAGGAGCUGCUGCGCAGUUCAUGUCGAGUCUGGACAACAUCACCAAGAGCUUGACCGCACCCAACACGAACGCCUACUUCUUCUUCUGCCUGAAGCCCAACGAUCGUCGAAUAGCCAACCAAUUCGACUCUAAAUGCGUGCGAACUCAGGUACAGACGCUGGGAAUUGCCGAAAUCAGCCAAAGAGUCCGUAACGCAGAUUUCAGCAUCUUCAUGCCAUUUGGCGAGUUUCUGGGAGCUGCUGAAGGCGACGUCUCGAUCAUAGGAAGCGAAAAGGAUAAGGCCGAGGCUAUCUUUGAUGAGAAGAGUUGGCCACCAAAUGAGGCGAGGGUGGGUGCGACUGGUGUCUUUAUGUCUGAGAGAUGCUGGAGGCAAGUCGCGCGUGUGCAGGAGCUGGGAGAGGCUCCCGUACCGUACUCGGAUGAGCCGUACAAUGAUAACGGUAUGCUCACGCCAGCGGAUGCGAACAGAAAGGGUGAAUUCGGCGACAGUAAAGUUGCGCUGCUCAACACUCCUGGUUCUGGCAACUACUACGACAACGAUAAAGCUGCUGGAUACUUUGGCUCCCGCGAUAUGGACACCAAGAGCGAGGCUGGUGCUUCUGCUUUCCGCGAUGGCGAUAUGUUCCGCAACCUGGAGACACGCUCGCAGAUGGCGGAGAAGGGAAAUGAUGCCAAAGUCACCGAAGUUGAAUCAAUCCCUAUGAGCGGUUCUCGCAAACGCUGGCUUGUCAUCGUCUACGCCCUAACCUGGUUCAUACCCGACCUGGCCAUCAAACAUAUCGGUCGGAUAUCUCGCAAGGACGUCAGAAUGGCGUGGAGGGAAAAGCUAGCAAUCAACUUCAUCAUCUGGUUCUUCUGCGGCUUCGUCGUCUUCUUCAUGGCCGGCUUCCCGCGCCUCAUCUGUCCGACUCAGCAUGUCUAUAGUGCCGCCGAGCUGACGUCCUUCAAUGGCAAGAAUGGCGCAUCCUCUUACCUCGCGGUUCGCGGUGUGGUUUUGGACCUGGACAAGUUUAUGCCGGCUCAUUAUCCUAAGAUAGUACCGCAGAGUGCGCUGAAGAAGUAUGCGGGUCUGGAUGCUACGAAUUUGUUUCCGGUUCAGGUCUCGGGUUUGUGCCAAGGUGUCAAUGAGAGUGGUGUUGAUCCGGCUGUUCAAGCGAGCUAUCGCAACUACAACUUUACUGGAGAGGCGGGAACCGUUAGUGUCACUGAUCAGAAUGCGAAGUACCAUGAUUUCCGAUGGUCGACGACUGAAUACCAGCCUGCUUGGUUCUCGGAGCAGAUGCUCAUGCUCAAGGGCAACUACUAUAAAGGCCAUGUUGGGUAUUCGGCGCAGUACCUCAAGACUCUGGCCGACAAGUCCCAGAGUGUCGCAUACAUCAACAAGCGCGUCUACGAUUUCACGGACUACCUUAUCGGUGGUCGUCAACCCGCUUUCCCUAAUGGCACGACUCCGUACCCAGUCGACAGCAAUUUCAUGGACAACAAUGUCGUCUCUCUCUUCCAGCAACGCCCAGGCCAAGACGUGACCAAGUACUGGGAAGCUCUCCCUUUGGACUCAGCUCUCCGCCAGCGCAUGCAAGUCUGCAUGGACAAUCUCUUCUACGUCGGCGACCUCGACACGCGGAACUCACCGCAAUGUCUCUUUGCCAAGUACAUUCUGCUCGCUAUCAGCUUGCUGCUUGUUAGUGUCAUCGGUGUCAAGUUUUUGGCUGCGUUGCAGUUUGGUAAGAAGACCAUGCCGGAGAAUCUGGACAAGUUUGUUAUUGCUACCGUGCCGGCUUAUACCGAGGAUGAGGAUUCCCUCCGUCGUGCUAUUGAUAGUGCGGCGAGGAUGAGGUAUGAUGAUAAGCGUAAACUUUUGUUCAUUAUCUGCGAUGGUAUGAUCAUUGGACAGGGUAACGAUCGACCUACUCCUAGGAUCGUCCUCGACAUUCUUGGCGUGCCUGAAUCCGUGGACCCGGAACCGCUCAGCUUCGAAUCCUUGGGCGAGGGCCAGAAGCAACACAACAUGGGCAAGGUCUAUUCUGGUCUCUACGAGGUGCAGGGCCAUAUCGUCCCGUUCAUCGUGCUGGUCAAGGUCGGCAAGCCUAGCGAAGUUUCCCGCCCUGGCAAUCGUGGCAAGCGUGAUUCGCAGAUGGUGCUCAUGCGCUUCUUGAACCGUGUGCACUACAACUUGGCCAUGACACCUCUGGAGCUGGAGCUACACCACCAGAUUCGUAAUGUGAUUGGUGUUAACCCGACCUUCUACGAAUUCUUGCUGCAGAUCGACGCCGACACCGUCGUAGCUCCGGACUCUGCCACGCGCUUUGUCUCUGCUUUUCUCCACGACACGAAGUUGAUCGCUGUGUGUGGCGAAACUGCACUUUCCAACUCCAAGGCAUCGAUGAUCACCAUGAUGCAAGUCUACGAAUACUACAUCUCCCACAACCUGACCAAGGCCUUCGAGUCGCUCUUCGGCUCCGUCACUUGCCUGCCAGGUUGUUUCUCCAUGUACCGCAUCCGCGCCGCCGAGACGGGAAAGCCGCUCUUCGUCAGCAAAGAGAUCGUGCAGGACUACUCCGAGAUCCGAGUCGAUACCCUGCACUCCAAGAACCUUCUGCACCUUGGAGAAGACAGAUACCUGACCACGCUCCUAUUGAAAUACCACCCCAAGUACAAGACGAAGUAUAUCAUGCGUGCCCAUGCUUGGACCAUCGCCCCGGAGAGCUGGGCAGUCUUCAUGUCGCAGCGCCGUCGCUGGAUCAACAGUACCGUGCACAACCUUAUCGAACUUAUCCCACUCCAGCAACUCUGCGGUUUCUGCUGCUUUAGUAUGCGCUUCGUCGUCUUCCUGGACUUGCUGAGUACUGUCGUCCAACCGGUCAUCGUGGGAUACAUCAUUUACCUAUUCGUGCUUAUUGGGAUGAAUCCGAGCAGUGUGCCCAUAACGGCGGUCAUCUUGCUGGGAGCUAUCUACGGGUUGCAAGCUAUUAUCUUCAUCUUGCGACGGAAGUGGGAGAUGAUUGGCUGGAUGAUUAUUUAUAUGCUCGCGACGCCGGUGUUCUCGUUCGGGUUGCCGUUGUAUGCUUUCUGGAAUAUGGACGAUUUCUCUUGGGGUAACACGCGUAUGGUCACGGGAGAAUCUGGAAAGCAAGUCUUGGUUUCGGACGAGGGCAAAUUCGACCCGGAUAGCAUCCCCAAGAGGAAGUGGGAGGCGUAUCAGGCGGAGCUAUAUGAGGCUGCCGAGGCGGCGACGAUGCGCGACGAUGCGCGGUCUGAGAUUAGUGGCGUCAGCUAUGCGACCAAGAGUUGGCAUCCUGCUGCGAGUGUCUACGGUGGUGGAUACAGUGGAGAGUAUCCGCCUUCGCGACCUAUGAGCCAGCUGGGCGUACCGUCUCCUUACUAUAACAACGGGUCGAGAUUGUCUCUGGCGCCAUCUGAAGGUCUUCUUAUGGGUGGCACUGCCGGUGGUCUUCCACGAAACUACUCCGGCAGCGACAUGGAGAUGAUGUCCGAACUCCCAUCCGACGAUGCGCUACUCGCCGAGAUCCGCGAGAUCCUGCGCACGGCAGAUCUCAUGACUGUGACGAAGAAGAACGUGAGAGCCGAGCUCGAGCGCCGCUUCGGAGUCCCGCUGGAGAUCAAGAGACAAUAUAUCGGCAGCGCGACGGAAGCGAUCUUGAGUGGGCAAUUGUAG